GCUAGGCCGCGGGGGCGGAGGGGGCGGCGGCGGGCCCCCUUCCUCCUCCUUCUCCGCCGCCGCCGCUUCCUCCGCCUCCACCGCCGCCGAAGAGGACGACGACGACAUGGAGGAGCUCGUGGUCGAGGUGCGCGGCUCCAACGGGGCCUUCUACAAGGCAUUUGUGAAGGAUGUUCAUGAGGAUUCCAUAACUGUUGCAUUUGAGAAUAACUGGCAGCCAGAGAGACAGAUUCCAUUCCACGAUGUCAGGUUUCCUCCACCUACGGGGUACAAUAAAGAUAUAAAUGAAAGUGAUGAAGUGGAGGUUUAUUCCAGGGCUAAUGAAAAGGAACCAUGUUGCUGGUGGCUGGCUAAAGUGAGAAUGAUAAAGGGUGAGUUUUAUGUAAUAGAAUAUGCAGCUUGUGAUGCUACCUACAAUGAAAUUGUCACAAUUGAGCGCUUAAGAUCUGUGAAUCCCAACAAACCUGCAACAAAGGAUACGUUUCAUAAAAUCAAACUUGACGUGCCAGAAGAUCUCCGGCAAAUGUGUGCGAAAGAAUCUGCUCACAAGGACUUUAAAAAGGCAGUUGGAGCAUUUUCGGUAGUGUACGAUCCUGACGCCCAUCAGCUUAUCAUUUUGUCUAUCAAUGAAGUAACAACAAAGCGCGCAAAUAUGCUCAUUGAUAUGCACUUUCGGAGUCUUCGCACAAAAUUAUCAUUGAUAAUGAGAAAUGAAGAAGCCAGCAAACAGCUAGAGAGCUCAAGGCAACUUGCUUCGCGAUUUCAUGAACAGUUUAUUGUACGUGAAGACUUAAUGGGUCUGGCCAUUGGCACUCAUGGUGCUAAUAUUCAGCAAGCCAGGAAAGUACCAGGUGUGACGGCUAUUGAUCUUGAUGAAGACACUUGUACAUUCCAUAUUUAUGGGGAGGAUCAAGAUGCAGUGAAGAAGGCAAGAAGUUACCUUGAGUUUGCUGAAGAUGUCAUCCAGGUUCCAAGAAGCUUAGUAGGAAAAGUUAUAGGAAAAAAUGGGAAACUCAUCCAGGAGAUUGUGGAUAAAUCCGGUGUUGUACGGGUUAGAAUUGAAGCUGAGAAUGAUAAAAAUAUUCCACAAGAAGAGGCGUUAGUUGUGUCAUCAACUGUAGCAGGGAGAAAGCAAAAACCUGAACUCAAAAUGUGGCAGGGGAUGGUUCCUUUUGUAUUUGUUGGAACCAAGGACAGUAUCACAAACGCAACCGUCCUUUUGGACUACCAUCUCAAUUAUUUAAAGGAAGUGGAUCAACUGCGUUUGGAAAGACUGCAAAUUGAUGAACAGCUUCGGCAGAUUGGAGCCACGUCUCGACCUCCGCCCAAUCGCACGGAUAAAGAAAAGGGCUACAUGUCGACUGAUGACGGCCCAGGGCUUGGGCGAGGGAGCCGGCCCUACAGAAACAGGGGCCACAGCAGGCGCGGUCCAGGCUAUGCUUCAGGAACUAACUCUGAAGCAUCAAAUGCUUCUGAAACAGAGUCUGACCACCGAGACGAACUUAGCGACUGGUCGUUAGCCCCAGCAGAAGAAGAACGGGACAACUACCUUCGCCGAGGAGAUGGCCGGAGACGUGGCGGAGGGGCGCGUGGCCAAGGCGGCCGAGGCCGAGGGGGCUUCAAAGGAAAUGAUGAACAGUCAAGGACAGAUAAUCGUCAACGUAAUACAAGAGAUACUAAAGGGAGAACAACAGAUGGAUCGCUUCAGAUCAGAGUUGACUACAAUAAUGAAAGAAGUGUCCACACUAAAACAUUGCAGAAUACCUCCAGCGAAGGUAGCCGGCUGCGCACGGGUAAAGACCGCAACCAGAAGAAAGAGAAGUCGGACGGCGGGGACGGCCAGCAACCGUUGGUGAAUGGAGUACCCUAACUGCAUAGUUUUGAGAAGUCCUAUUUCCUAAACUGUUUCAGUAAAUCUUAUUCCACAUUAGAGAAACUUGUUAGGCCAAAGACAAAAAGAGUAGGCGAGAUGGCGCAGGGCAUGAAAUGAAUAUUAAAAAAAAGUUCUGUUAGCCUUUUUUAACAUCAGCAGUAUGCAGUUUUUUUCAAAAAAAAUAAGACGUUAUACUUGCAUUAAAAAAAAUCUUGAACUUCUGAAAGAUUGCUUUUCGAGUACAUAUUGCACUUCAAAACAAUGAGAGAAUCCUUUUGUUUUAAGAGUACUGAACUGUGCAUUUGGUAUUUCUGUUCAGUUGUACCAUUUUAACGCAUCUGGUCAAAAUCACUGCUAAAUUUCAAUUUUCAGAAUAAAUAGUGUUUGCGGUAAUCAAA